UCUGCUGUUGGAAAAAAAAAAAAAAGAGAAAGAAGUGUAGUUCGCUAAGGGGGAAAGGUGAAGAAAGAAAUAGCUGAAGUGAAGAUGGCGAGAGGCUCCCGGUGUUUACGGAGAGCGGUAGCCGAGUGUAUUAAACAGUUACCGUUCACAGCUACUCGAGAAACACCGGGCAGGAAUGGCGUCAGAUAUCUGUCAUCGUGUGGGAUUCUGAUGACCAGGGUGUCUCCUUUCUUGCGGACCGUGUCUGGCCGUCCUGCCCUCAGUUCCACCAGAAGCUUCUUCAACCUCACCGAUUCCUUUAACAAGAGGAAAGAGUACUCCGAGAGACGCAUCAUCGGGUAUUCCAUGCAAGAGAUGUAUGAAGUGGUGUCCAAGGUCGAAGACUAUCUUCACUUUGUACCCUGGUGCAAGCGCUCGGACGUAGUGUUCCGGCGGUCUGGUUUCUGUAAGGCCAAGCUAUCAGUGGGCUUUCCUCCUGUGGUGGAGAAUUACACGUCUCUUGUUACUACAGUGCGCCCCCAUUUGGUGAAGGCUUCGUGUUCAGACGGUAAACUGUUUAAUCACCUGGAGACGGUGUGGCGCUUCAGUCCUGGCUUACCUGGCUACCCCCGUACCUGCACCCUGGACUUUGCUAUUUCCUUCGAGUUCCGCUCCCUGCUCCACUCUCAGUUGGCCACCGUGUUCUUCGACGAAGUCGUGAAGCAGAUGGUUUCGGCGUUUGAACGACGGGCCUGCAAGAUCUACGGCCCCGAGACACAGAUCCCACGCGAGCUGAUGUUCCACGAGGUCCACCACACGUAGCGCAUCUCCACACGGACACACCUCCAGGGUGGGAGGGCAUUAUUGAGGGAAUUCUGUGAAAAGGGUGCUUUUGGAGAGAGAGCGCGAGGGAGGAGGGAGCGAGCGAGUGAGUGAGCGAGGGAGGGAGGGGGGGAGCGAAACGAAACGAACACACAACUACACGUGCCUCAGUAUGGGCAGUACCCGGUCCAAACACAACCGUCUGAUUUGAUUUGACAUUUUUAAUCCUAAGUUAUUUUCCAGGCUGGAUCUAAUUCGAGGGCUUGACACCGUUGGCAUAAUAACUGCGUCACUCCAUCUCUAGGAAUGUUUUAGAACUGCACUUUGAGCCAUGUUGUUUAACGGCCGCUGGGUAUGUGGAAGGCUGAGCUCCGUAAACAGAAAUUGGUUUUUUUUGUUGUUGUUGUUUUUGUUUUUUCGGAUGUGAGACGGUGCAACGCUUCGGAGAUGGAGACUGUUAUUUAUUCAGCACGUGUGGGAUUGAGGAUUUCAGUAGGAUUGAACCAGUUGUGUUUUUCAAUUUUUUUUUGAAUCAUCUUGUAAGCUUUUUUUUUUUUUUUUGGGGGGGGCGUGUGUGUUUGUUUUAAAAUAAUAAAUAAACACACAAACUAUUUCAGAAGAGCUGGACCUGUCCAGUAUGGGGUGAUGUGCAUUGUGCAUACUCGUGUAAUCAUAAGCAGUAUUUUCUUUUCUUUUCUUUUCUUUUUUUUUCUUUUUUCUCCGUACACAAACUCACAAGGAGACUCGAUUCGAUUCGAGCGCCCUGCGUAUAACGUGUACGCCGUGCCGAUGCUCCGAGUGCCAUUGCACGUAAGACUGACGGGCAGAAAUCCUUCCACACAGGCAUCGGUAAGGCUUUCCGUGAGAACCCGAACGUAACGUAAACACUCGUACAGCAAUAACGUUUCCACCGCGCACUGCGAUGACACGCUUGCCACGUCCGAGACGUACGUAUGCACGUGUAUGUGGUUUUAUCUGCUGAACGUUCAUCGACGGGAGCGCCAUACGGAACAUCUUGCGCUGUGUCCAAAUGUUUUAUUGUGUAAAAGUGUGCAAUAUAUUUGUAAAGUUUGAUUUAUUAUUAUUAUUAUUAUUUUUUAAACAGAUACAUCAUUGCAACUUUACUAAAGGGGCCCAAACUCAGGGGGCUGAUGGGGAAAUACACUUCACGGCUCUCGUGAGAUUGCUGUAAAGUGAGGUAUCUGCAUGCCCUUACUGUUUUUGAACCUAGCACAUGGCGUGUUAUUUAUCAUUGUAUUCUCAAACAUAUAUUCAUAGACAUCUGAAAUAUUUAUUUGAUUUUUUUUUUUGGUUAUGGGAAAACCACAUGUAUAUAACUAAUGUAAACCCACAGACUAGACUACAGUGUAUUAUUGUAAUAAUAGUUUUUUUUUUGUUUUGUUUUUGAUUCUUGUAGUAAGGCUUUAUUUUAGUAGAUUUGUUCGGGGGUGUUUAAGGAGUUGUGUCCUGGCGAGUCUGUACCCGACCUGCAUGGUUUAUAAACUAUUUUUAUAUUUAAAAACCCGG